AUUUUGUUUGGGAAAUGCCGCCUUGCAGCCAUCUAAAAAAACGUCAUACGCCCAUACGACCUUGAUGCUGGGCAACAAGCUAAGGAAUACUUAAAUUGGUGGUCCAUAAAUUGCAUUGGUUGGCUUCACACCCUCGCAACAAGCAGCCUGUCCAUAAGACUGCACACUGACGCCACCUGCCGAGGCCUCCACGAACCAUGCAGCGGGAGGCCCGCCUGAAGAGGGAGCUGGCCAUGUUCGCCAGCGCGCCGCCAGCUGGCGUGUCGUGCUCAGCUGACGGCGAUGACGUCACGCGGCUGCGGGCCACGCUGACGGGCCCCGAGGGUUCGCCGUUCGAGCGCGGCACGUUUGCGCUGGACGUGGUCGUGCCGGAGAGGUACCCGUUCGAGCCGCCGCAGAUCACGUUCGCGACGCCCGUGUACCACCCGAACGUGGACCCGUCGGGCCGGAUCUGCCUGGACGCGCUGAAGAUGCCGCCGACGGGCGGCUGGCGGCCCAGCCUGCGGCUGGCCACGCUGCUCAUGUCCAUCCGGCUGCUGCUGGCCGAGCCGAACCCGGACGACCCGCUCAUGCCCGACGUGGCCCAGGAGUACCGGCUCCGGCGACCAGAGUACGAACGGAAGGCAGCCGAGAUGACAGCAAAACAUGCCAUACCCAAGGCAGUGCUCGGCUCCAUCGAGAACCGAGCACGCUCAGCCGGCGCCGAGCCGCCGUCCGGCCAGCCGGUAAGCGGCUCGUGCGGCGCGCCCAGAGCCCUCAGACGCCCGCUGGAGGACGGCCCUGUCGGCGGGGCGCAGGGAGCGGCCUGA